AUGACGUCGCUCCGGCGCUCCUCGACCCUCCCCAGCAGAGCCGUUUCGACGGGCAGAUAUACUCUUGGAUCGCAUGAGAUCUCUACCGGCAGCUCAUUCGCCUCAGAUGAGAUCCUCUACUCCAGCCCGUCCGCGAAGAUAUUCAAGUUCGAGCUCCCGGACUCCUCGUCGUCCUCCCCCAUCCUCCCCGACCUCGACUACCCCGUAGACGCCAUAGAGACGCUCCCCUGGAAGCUGUCGACAGAGAGACUGGUGUCCAUCGGCUCUCUGAAGAUAGAGAAUGUCGCGGGCUCGGCUACGUUCCUGAAAUCCGGCAGCGUGGUGUACCCCUUGCUCAAGAACAGCCAGUGUUGGAUACGGAAGCUCACCUACUACCGCGUCGAGCUGCCCGACGAGACGGAGGAGGACAAAGGCCGCGUCGAGGGAUUUAAGGAGGUCUUGUCGAGCAUAAUCAGAUAUGAAAUCACUCCCUGUCCCUUUAAACGUGGAUUCUCCGUCGUCCUGCCGGAAGAAGCCAAAACACCUAAGAAGAAGAAGGCCUGGCAGCCAAAACGCCAGUCGAUGCCCGCCUCUAUCCCGUUGAACCUGGUUAUUGAACAUUCUUCGGCUGCUACGACUGAUCCGGAAUCGGUUGACAGGCCAGCAACCCAUGCCGGUGAAGGUAGUAAUACCAACAAUGAUCAGCAGCCCCAGAAGAAGGACGAUACGGAGCACAACCCGUCCGCCGCUGCUGAAGGGGAGCCGUUCUUGCUUGUGCCGGACAGAAACAGGAUACGGUCAGACAGUUGUAGGGCGCCUCCAUCUCCUCAGACAUUCCAGUCUCUGGUUGCCAAAUUCCAGGACUUUAAGGAUGCAGGCAACCCCGAACAAGGACACCGGGAAUACGUCGACGAGUGUGAACGGAUGUCAAGUCUUGGGUCUUACCACACCUGUGAGACCGAUGCUUCGCUCUCCUCACUGGAUACCCGGCACUCAGACCCCCCAUCGCCAUGGCACUCGUCCCGUGGCGGGGACAUCACGGCUGCACCCUCAGUGGUACACGGUGAAGAAGACACUUCAGACAUAAUUUCCAGAUCAGAGUCCGACCCCUUCAUCGAUUCAGACAGCAACGGUAUCGGCGAGUUACCCAAGGAUCUGCCGUCUGUUGACCAGCAUUCUUCCUCCGACACGUAUGGGUCAAGCCACCUCUCAUCAUACGAAAGCUCUGCUGUCGAUGAUCCAAAUCCAGACCUCCGUCGGCGUCUCCGAAUUAACAGAAAACGGGAGCUCUCACCGCUUCCACCCUCUUCUACUCUCUACUAUCCCUCUGCGCGAUCUCCCGCCAACCAUCUCACUCACUCAAUCAUGCAAAAGACAUGUACAUAUGUCCUUGGCCCACCCGUACAGUUUCUCAUGCUUCUCCUGCGCCUCGCUGCAAAGGUUGCGGCCAACCGGCCGUCCUCUACCUCCCCGGACUCAGCAGACCCAUACUCCUACCAAGGGGAUCUCGAUGACCUGAGUGAAGACGAUUUUGGAAUACCCAUCUCAUCCCGGCCUUCCCUCAGACAGGUGAAUUCAAACUCCCUGAGCGUUUAUGAUUCCUUGGAUGAGACGGACUAA